AUGAGAUUUCUCAGCAUUUUCAUAUUUUUCGAGGGCGUGUUUCGCGCUAACUGUAGCUUCAGAGCACGCCCGUCGAUUGAGAAUAGAAGUGCUAUUGUAGCUAAAGAAGAUAAGUGCCCUGAUGAGCACUUGCAAAUAGAAUGCGAGUCAAUCUGCAGACUAGAAUUCAAUCGAUGCCGUCUCCUCUGUGAGACGGAAUACUGUCAAUCCAUUUGCGAUAGGGAAUACGACAAUUGCCGGAACGGCUGUCCUUGUGGAGCUGACUGUAAAGAAGGAUGCAAUAACUGCGAAAAUACCCUCUGUCCUGUGGGUAUUCUGGUUAUCGGCGCGGACGUGAACGAGGCUUUCUCGAUUUCUUUCGACGGACAGACGAGUACGAAAGCGACCAUUUCAGCACCGAGGGACGACUACCUUGAAUUGGCUCCUCAUGCUCUUAUAAAGAAUGAGCUUUACAUCUUUGGUGGGCAAAAUACAAUGAAAAUUGCGAAAUUGGUUGGCUGCGAGUGGAUAGAACAGGUUCCAAAAUUAAUCAACCCAAUGAAACAAGAAUCUGCCGCGCUGACUAUUGACAACGGGACUAAAGCUUUAAUUUGCUUUCAAUAUACCGUCUUUGCCAAAAAAGACAAGACACUAGAAAAAAAGAAAGAAAACAUCAUGAAGAUUUUUGCGACCCUCGCUGCUUCUGCCUCUGCUUUCGGCCCUCAAUUUCCCUCCGAAGCUUCCAAUAGCCAGUUUUAUUUGAACGCUGUUUCUCAAGCCCUUACUGCUGCUCAAAAUCAGGGAGAUCUGCAUGGCCGUGGAAUCUCGGGCGUGACUAGUGUUCGAUGCAACAGAAUGGCCGACAUUCGAGGCAGUGGCCGGGGAGAAGUUCAUGUCAAGCAUUGCAACGUCCACUGGGAAUCCCUCGGCUGGGGAAGAGUCUACGACUGUGUCUCCGCAAUGGAAGUGUCUGCCUGUUCUUACUGCCGAAUGGCCCCGACUGCUGAUAACUUCCGAACAUCUUGCCAAGAGCAGCCCUGA